GGAGAACGAGACCUCUCCUCCAAUGUCUUCAGCAGCCUGCUUAUUGCCGGAUGGAGAUUAAGAACAGAAGAGAAGUUAAACUUUGAGAGAAACCUAAUAGACAAUCUCCACAACAGAUGGUAACACAAAAUAAUCCAGAUGGGGUGCAGGUGCUGUAAAAUGAUACAAAGCUAUCUCUUUGAUCCGGUUCAAGUGCCCUCCCCUGGCUAUGUCAACGAGGUGAACAGCUGCAAGGUGGAUGAAGGUGACACUGGUAAACUGAAAGGCAAGCAGAGCAGCCAAGUCAUCGUGCACAAAAAUGAGCUGCAGAUCGAGGGCCUGAAGAGGACGGCCAGCAGAGGCCGAGCCUGCAGCGGGCAGGAGCCCCACUGGCCUCCUCCAGGACAGCCCCCUCAGGGGGAUACGGCAGGGGGACACUAUGCCAGCAAGGCCGGUAGUGCCAUCAAUGGCAUCAGCCCUGCCCUCUCCCCGCUGCAGCCCACUGGGGAUCAUGGGCCCCACCAGGGUGACAGGGGCUUACUGCCUGCAAACAGCGUCGCCCCAACUCACCCCUUCCCAGAAAGAGGGGGCCCGGGACAACAGGACAGUGCGUUGCUGGCCUCGCAAGAGACACCGGCCGUCCGAAAUGGGGACUCCAGAGCUGCUUCCAGGGCGGAGGGUCCUACCUUGGAAGUACUAGACCAUGACCUCCAGAUCCCGGACCCAGAUUACCCUCCCCUUUGGGGCUCUGUUGUAGACAAAGCUGAUCGGGAAGAAAAGGACUGUCUUUCCAAGAGCCAGACUGAGGAGGACCCUCUGGCGGGAACCCACCCCAGGGCGGGGGAGCACGGUUUGAACAUGCCCUUCCCCUUGAAGAGAAGUUGGGAUUCCUUGAAUGAGGCCUUGACGACAGACGGCCUAAGCGUCUGCUUUAAAGAGGAGGCUGUUGCUCAGGCCAAUUCGAGAACUGAGCGGGAGGAUUCACGUGGCUCCCCCCGCGAGCCGGGCGGGGACACGGAGGAUGAGGAUGCGGCCGUGGCCGAAGCCCUUGCGGCCUUAGAAGCAGCAACCGCUGGAGAAGACGUGGACAUGGACGAAGCAGAUUAGGGCCCUGAGCAGGUGGCGCAGUGCGCACGUCGGGCGCGCGUGCUCUGUUGACAGACUGGCGCCCCCCACCACCACCACCACCCCGGCGGCCUUAUGGGUUAUUUGCUCAGCUUCCAUUCCGAUGAUCGCCCGGGGGCCUGCGCCCUGGCGCUUGUUGUUCAGAAUGGACCGCACCGCGGUGCCGACGGGCCGUCACUCAGGGCUCUGGAAUAAAAAUCAGAGUGCGCGGUGCAGGACUGCCCGCCCGCAUGCAGGAAUUAAACGGCCUGCUCGUCCACCCACGGAUCGAUGUUCUUCAGAAUGCUCUGAAAUCCCAGCGCUUAAUCCCUUCCCUCCUCCCCACCCACCAAGGGCGCAGAAUCACAGACCAUUCUGUCUGUAAAUUCUUCGUCUUGCUUUUGCGAGCCAGACAUUGUACCCAACCUGGAAAAGGUAGCUCCCCCCACUGAAAGUGCCUAGUGUGUCCCCAGAGCAUGGCUUGCCUUCAGGGACAGUCACCCAGGGAACUAAUCACUAACCACUUGUUUGACAUCGAGUUGAGCUCAGCAGCCCUCAGGAUGGAGAAGAAGCCACCAGUAAGCAAAUGGUUAGUCAUUAGCUGUGAUAUUAAGACACCUUGACCUUAACUUUUUUACGUUAUUACUUUUUAAUCUCCUCUGGGACUCGGGGAAGCCGGCCAAAAGAAUUCUGCAAACCGCUUGUGUUGUAUUUGAGUUUUAAGUUCGUGAGGUUGGGAAGAGCCAAGAGAUAGACGUUUUAUGCCACUUAAUGUCUGAUUCUGAUUAAAAUAUAACAACAUAUGCAUCUGUCUGUUGUAACUCAAAGGUAGUUCUGAUUUCCCCAGACCGAGUGUCAGUGAAUCUUGAUGUUUCUUUCCAUUUGGAGAGCCACCCUGCCGAGCGGCAAGUGAGGAUUACAAGUCCGUUUGCUGAGGAUGGCUGCGGCUGUCUGUCCCUACCAUUGAGACUCAGGAUACCACAUGCUCUGAUCUUCCUGAGGGAUGAACCACAGCCCUCUCUGGGUGCCAGUCUUCGAAUUUAUAAAAACAAGAACUGUCUUUCCGACAUGGCUCAGUGGAGAAUUUAGAGGAUGGUCCAGUCUCUCUAGAAAGAUUCGAACACGGAAGAUGCCAGCAUAUGGCAUUUCAUAACACAGGCUCUGAAAUGUGGCUGACCUCGGUUUGCUUUCCAGCUUUGCCACACGACCUUAGGCAAAUAGCUUAUCCCUUCUAUUUGCCCAUCCAUGACGUGAGAAUAAUAGUAUAUAUUUGUAAGGAUUAAAUGAGAUUGUACAAGUAUUUAUCACGGUGCCUGGCCCAUGGUAGGCACUCAAUAAAAAGCUGAAUCUUACCAGUGAGAAACAAAUCCUUGAAAAAUGGUUUUAUGUCCUCACACCUGAAAACUCUAAUACUGUCAACUGUCUAUAAUGUCAUCACUGCGCUUUGGUGAUCCUUUAAAUAAAAACUUGAUUUCUGAGCUUCCCA